AUGACGAACGGAGCUGCCGCAUGCGAAUCCACUGAUGCCAUUGAACCCUCCGCUACAAACGGUGCUACAACACAGGAUACCAUGACCAACGGAACAGAGACGAAGAGUAUGGAUACAACACAGAAAGUGGAUAAAGCUUCGGAUGAACAGGCCAAGGGAGAGGCUGCUGAAAAGAAAGACACCAACGGAAUCCUGACAAAUGGGGAGAAUAAAUCAGGCAAGACUGAAGACAAAACUGAGACCAAAGACAAAACGGACGAGGAGAACAAAGAGGAAGAGAAAAAGUAUGAGCCUCAUGGCUCUAUCUGUGAUGUUCACAAACUGUAUCAGACGAAGCCCGACGAGAGUGGCAACACAUCAUGGACCAAGGACUACCCAGAGAGCCUUGUAGCACCAGCUGAGGACGAGGAGUCUGCACAAUACGCAUUGAUUGUGCGAAAUGCCAAAUGCUAUGAUGGGCGCAAGAGUCUCUCGGUCCACUCAGUCAUUGUUCAGAGCGAGCCGUUAAAGAAGUUCCUGGGUAAAGUGCUGGAAGACUACCCUGGUGUCACAACCACGCUCGAACGGCUCGAGUUCUAUAGCCCCUUCAAGCCCAUAGUUCACCGAUGGGAGCAAUUUAUCCAACUCCGUGAAGAAGAGGAGGACCCAACAACGAAGGAGCACGUGGAUCUUCUAUACAAGGUUAUCGAGGAAGAACUUCGCGAUGUCAUUGCCCGCAAAAAGGACAUGAUUCGCAAUGGAGUUAUCACUCACACCCUGAUUUGGACAAUCUUCGAGCCUGGCAAUGAGAUUAUCGCCAUCUCCGGUGGCCGAACCCGCGCAUUUAAAUUUCAUGAUGAUGCGAUCGAUUGCCGUACAAAGGCAUGGAUCAUCACCGGCCAAUAUGUAGACUUUGACGGCGAGGACUUUGGAUACCGGGAGGAAGACUUCAAAAUUUUCCCCUUUGUCGGCACUGCUCCUAUUACAUCGCUGGCUGUAUCUCCGCUGAAGUACCAUACUGAUAAGGAUUCCAUUCGCGAAUCUUUGAUCACAAGGGGUAAACUUUGGGAAUCGUACAAGGGGUACAAGUACAAAGCCUACGAGGGUGUCGCGAAUGGGUUCUUCAACGACGAGAUCAUGAAGUAUCACGUCAACAGCCGAAUCAUCAUUGAUACUGAAGCUUUCAACGUCUUCCAUCCCACCGAGACUGUUCGUGUCUACGGAGAGAGUGAAUGUCCGCAAGAAUUGACCGAGCCAGAGUGGGUAAUCGCAAGCCCUAUGGUGCACGGGUACUCAAUCAAGGAUAAGGAGUGGCUGCAGUUCUACCUCGAUAAUUCGAAAGAUAUCGAGUGGAACACUCAUGCCUUUGACUCAUUAGUUCUACCUAAAGGCCAGGAGGAUUUCAAGGACCUCAUUUUGGCUUUUGCGAAAGCCCAGUCUAAGCACCUGGAUAACUUCGACGACAUUGUCCAGGGCAAAGGUCGUGGCAUAAUUAUGCAACUCAGUGGCCCUCCAGGAGUGGGAAAGACAUUAACUGCUGAGAGUGUCGCUGAAGUGAUGCAGGUGCCUCUUUAUGCCAUGAGCGCGGGUGACCUAGGAAUCAGCGCUGAGAAGGUGGAAAGAAGUCUCAAGGAUAUCCUGCGCAUGAUUCCCAAAUGGGGCGCUGUUCUGCUUCUGGACGAAGCUGACGUGUUUAUGGAGGCACGAACUGCAACUGAUCUGAUGAGAAAUGAGCUGGUUUCCAUCUUCCUACGGAUGUUGGAGUACUACGAGGGUAUCUUAUUCCUUACUACGAACCGAGCUGAGAACAUCGACCCGGCGUUUGAGUCUCGUAUCCACGUGGCGCUUGCCUAUCAAGACCUCGACACGACUUCCCGACGCCUCAUCUGGGCUCAAUUCAUCGAGAGGACAGACAACACCGAAGAGUUUACGAGUGCACAGCUUGAUAAGCUGGCUCAAGUGGACUUGAAUGGCCGGCAGAUUAAAAACAUGUUGAAGACGGCUGGUCUGCUUGCUUGGUCCCAGCAGUCCAAACUCGGAUUCCCGCAUGUUCAAGUUGUGUUGAAUCUGCGGAAAAACAAUGCCCACAAGCCCGCCUUCUACAUUUGA